CAAGGUCUCGUUCUCGUACAACGGGGAACGGUGGGUACAGACAGAACGUCGAGUUGUGUUGUAUUUGUAUAGGCUAGUCAAUGUUAGUAAUUAAUUACGAAAAAGCAUCGAAAUUAUCACAUUUUACAUGUUUUCUGGUUAAAGAAAGUUAGUUUAUUUAUGACAAAAUUAUUAAAUAACCGUGUUUUGAGUGGUCCAUAUAAUUUAUUUCUCUGCUGAUUGAAGUAGGCCUAGGAAAAUGUCGUCAGUAACAAGAGUUGCAAGUCCUGCGGAGGGACUCACUUGUUUCGUUUGUGAUGGGACAGUAGUGGGACGUUACUACACACUGGCCUCUUGCAAAACCCAGGUUACUAAACAGAAACUUGUAGAAAAACUUGGACAACUAGUUGGAGAACAGUACAUGGUGGUGAUCUCGGAGGAUGAUAUAAUUUGCCGCAGUUGUACGACGAUGCUCAACAAUCUGGACAGACUGGAGAAGGAGAUGAGUUCAGCACGAGCUGUAAUCUUGCGAUUUCUGGAGAAGAAGUAUGAAUUAGAGGAGGGGGAGCUGCUCAACAGCCAAGUGGUGCUUCCCCCUCCCCCCACCAUCCCAGACUCUGUCACAGCUUUCAAGAAACCUGAGUCUUCAGUACCUACAUUCCAUGAACGUAAAAAGCAGUCUGCUGCGGCAGAGGUAGAAGGAAAGGCCAAUGUAUGGAUGCAGUGUGACCGAUGCAAGUACACCACACCUUACAGUUCCUUCAUGAUCAAUCAUAUACAUAAACAUGGAGAAGACAAGAAGCUCGAGCAACCUGAGGACAAUGACACACCCCAGUUGCAGGAAGCUGCCGAGAACAGUCAUGAGCUGGAGGUGGAAGUGCCACCAUUAGAGGCGGAGGUGGGAGAAGCUGAGGAGGAGGAAGAGGGAGAUGUGAUGGUGAAUGGUGAUGGAGGCGGAGAGGAGAUAGGGGUGGACGGAGGAGGAGGUGGUGGAGAGGAAAGUGGAGAACCUGCCAUUGUUGAAAUGGACAUGGCCGAAGAAAAUAUCUGCAUGGUAGAUGAAAAUGGUAUAUUACAAAAGGUUCAGCAGUCAGAGGAUGGCCAGUUCUAUGUGGUGGAGGGAGAUAUUGAUGGAGCUAAGCAGAUGCUAUCUGUAGCAGAAGAUGGCUCUGUGCAGAUGGUACAAGUCAUGUGGGAUGACAUAGUCGCAGCGGAAAAUAACAUGCAGUUCUAAUGGUUUUUUUUACCGCCAAUAUGUAAAUAGGUUUCUUUUGUACAAAUAGAACUAUCAAAAAUGUAAAUAUGAACUUAAGUUCUCUAAAUAAAGUAUUGUUUUAUAUAAAAAUUUUAUUUUAUACAAAA